AUGAACUCAGAUUUAUAAGAUAUAAACGUAUAAGAGGACUGCUAGUUUUCAGUUAAUUUUUCUGUAAUUAAUUCAUAAAAUAGAGAAAUAAAUUACAUUUAAGAAGGAAGCAUUUUGAGAACUUAAGUAUGAAUUUAUCAAAAUUUAAUAGAAGAUUGAACAAAAUUGUGGAGCAGAGAUAACUAUCAAUCUAAAUCAAAUAAAAUGCUUAUAAUGGUAAGGAUAGAAGGGAAGUGAAAAUUAAAAGGUAGGUAAAUGGAUACCUUAUUGGAAAAUGGAAGGAUUACCUUUUGGAGGAUUUUAUGAUAAAUAAGGAUUAAAAUAAGGAAUUUGGAAAGAUUUGGAUGAAUAAUUUUAAGAGUAAUAAUUAUUAUUAACUGUUAUUAGUUAUGCUUAAAUUACAUUUUGUGGAGAAUAUAAAGAUUCAAAAAGAAUUGGUCGAUGGGACAUAAUAUUUAAUAAUAAAAUAAUGUAGCUUAUUAUAUUUGUUAUUUUUUUAAUAGCGGAGGAGGUUAUUAUGAUGAAAACGGGUAGAAGAGUAGAAAAUGGGUUGAAUUACAUUAGAACUAUCUUUCUAAGAGUUUGUAUUAUUGUAAUAUUUUUCACAUUGGUGAAUACUCAGAAGGAAAUAAAGUUGGAUAUUGGUUAGAAUUUGAAAUAAAUCGUCAAAUGUAUAAAAUAUAUAAUUAUUAAAUUUAAAGGGGAGGAGGCCUAUAUAAUUAGAAUGGAUUAAAAAAUGGUAAUUGGAUGGAGUUGUGCGAAUAUUUUGAAAAGUAUGAAUAUUUAAUGAAUCUAAUUAUUCAGGUAGAGUUAAGUUAAAUAUAAUGGAAAUUAUGAAAAUGGUAAAAAGUUGGGCAUAUGGUAAAUUCUUUUUAAAGAUCCUUAUAAAAAUAGAAAGUUUAAAUCUAUGUAUAAAAUUAAUAAUUGAAAUCAAUAGUGGAGGUGGAAAUUACAAUAUAAAUGGAUUAAAAGAGGGUGAGUGGAUUGAUAUAAGUGAACAAUUUAAUGUGUAAGUAUAAUUCUUAUAUUUGGCUAAUAGAUCUCAUCAAAUUACUUAUAAUGGCCAAUAUAAAAAUAGUAAGAGAUAAGGUCAUUGGGAUAUCAUGUAUAAGGAAGAGGGUAGCAAUUUAUUUGAAUAAAUGUAAAAUUGAUAAUUCCAUAUAAAAAUAGAGGGGGUGGAUCAUUUGAUAUGAAUGGGAUGAAAGAUGGCAUUUGGGUUGAGUUAAGUAAUUAAUAUUUUAAGUAUAUACUUAAAUUAGAAUUUUAAUAGGGGAAUGUUAAUUACUUUUAAAGGUGAAUAUAAAAAUGGACAAAAAUGUGGUAAUUGGGAUAUAUUUUUAAAAAAUAUAUAUGCUGAUGAUGAAGAAUUUAUGUAAAAAAAUAAAAUAAUUUAGUGGUGGUGGAUUAUAUGAUAUGAUGGGAUUGAAAAGUGGUUACUGGAUUGAAUUGAAUUAAGAUUCUUAAAAAAGUAAUUUGAUUACUUUAAAUGGUGAAUAUAUUAGUGGUAUAAAACAUGGCGAUUGGGCAACUAUGUUAUAAACUUUUUUAUUACCGAAUAAGUUUUAAUAAAUGUAUUUAAUUUAAAUCAUAUGAUAAAUUAGAGGUGGUGGAUCAUUUAAUUAAUUUGGUAUGAAAGAUGGAAAAUGGAUUGAGAUUAAUUCCAAUUUUUCGAUCAGGAACUAAAUUAUACAAACUGGUAAUUACAAAAAUGGAAAAAAAUGUGGUAAAUGGGAUAGAUUGAUAAAGAAUCCUUAAUCUAAAAUGUUUGAAAAGAUGUAAAGAUGAAAUAAAUUAAUAAUUAUAGUGGGGGUGGUUAAUUUGAUGUUAAUGGGAUAAAGUAUGGUUUAUGGGUGGAAAUGGAUGAUGAGGCUAAUUUGUAUCUAAUAAAAUAUUAAACUAAUAGAUAUAAUUGUAUAACUAAUAAAGGGGAAUAUAUAAAUGGAAAAAAAAGUGGAAAUUGGAUUAUUUCGCAUUCUGAUUAGAACUUAAAAUUUAAAAAGAUGUAUUAAUAAUAUUAUCAAUUUAGUGGUGGAGGGUAGUAUGAUAAAAAUGGUAUGAAAGAUGGUAAAUGGAUUGAUAUAAUCAAUGAUUUUAAAUAGUAUUAGAUUUAAUACAAAUUUUUAGGUGUAAUUAAGAAAUUUAUAGUGGUAUAUAUAAAUAAGGAUUAAAAUGUGGUAUUUGGGAGGAAAAAUCUAUAAAAUAAAAAAUGUAAGAAUACUAUUUUAUUGUAGUAACAAAAAGAUUAUAUAUAAUACAAAAGGACUUUAAUUUGUUUGA